AUGAGUGCCGCUGUGAACCCUGCUCUGUUAAAGAAGACUCAAGACGAACUUGGAAAACACGUCAAAAAGCCACCACUGACUGAUAAACUUUUAGGCAAACCCCCAUUUAGAUUUUUACAUGAUAUUAUCACCGCGGUUGACUCCUCUGAGGCCGUUCAACAAGUGCUCAGUGGGGCCAAGCCAGGUAAAGGCAAAAAACCUGACAAGGAAAAACCAGACAAAAAGCCCGAUAAAGCAAAGAAACCACCCUUAGCUACACAGCGGUGCUGUGAGCUCCACCUGCAUGCAUCAGCCUUGAUCGCUGUUUCAGUACUGAAGCUUUCACAGCCAGUAGGGAUGCAAAUGAUUUUUUUCAAGAAAGCAUCUGUUUACUGGAGUCCUGAGGCACAGGAUGUAGCAGCAAAUAAUAGAAGUGUUAAAGAUAAUGACCCAAUUUCAGCCAAAGAUACAAAGGUGACCAAAAACACGAAAGUUAUUAAAUCAGUCGAAGAUCUCAAAGCUAGUAAAGAUCCCAAGUCAACAAGAGAUAAAAAAUCAUCCAAUAAUCCCAAAACUACCCAAGACCCUAAAUCUAGCAGAGAUUCCAGACCAAACCAAGACCCCAAAAAGAACAAAGAACUCAGACCAGGAAAUGAGUCUAAAAAUGCUCCAAAAGUUAAUUCCCAUUCUAAACCUCUGCAAGACAAAGGCUCUCCAGUGAAGGGUUCAAAGAGCAGUGAUGAUAAGGAUAAAUCGAGUAAAACAAGCAAGAGUAAAAAAGAUGAAGGGAGGAGCGCCAAGAGUGCAAAAGACAGGAAAAGCAAGGAUGGCAAAGACGACAAGGAAGGGAAGAAACCUGAGAGAACAAAAUCAAGCAAAUCCAGGUCAGUGUUUAUGAUGUGUGAAGUCUGA